AAAUCAGUAUGGGCAGGCUGGCAAGAUGCGCCACUGUCAAAUCAUGCGAGAGCGGCGGCCGCAUAUUUCGCAUCAACCAAUACUCACUUUACAGACAUAUAUGCCUCGCCUCUCAAACGUGCAUUUGACACCGCACAAGCGAUUCUUACUGAGCAACCAGAGCCCAAGCCUUCCUUUUCCGCGUCUCCAGAUGUACGCGAGCAAUACUUUGGAAUUGCAGAAGGUAAGGCAUGGAGCCUAAAGAUGGACGAGGACACCACGCGCGAAGAAAUGUAUGCGCAGGGGAUAUUUCCGAUCUUAACCGGACGCUCGGAGAAGUUCCCAGGUGGGGAGAGUCUUGAUGACCUUCAAGCACGCUGCGAGAAAGCCGUUAACGAGCUCGUUGUACCACUUAUAUGGAAUGCUGCUCAGACAGGGAAGAAAGCACACAUUGCGAUCGUGAGCCAUGGAUUAUGCAUUAGUGAGCUUAUUGCGGUACUGGUGCGGAAGGACCGGAAUGCACAAGCCGGAGCUCAUGGCGGGAAGUGGACAGGGUUAAUGAACACAGCAUGGUCGAGAUUAACGAUCGACAUAGCCGGCUGGAAGGAAGGCGAAACACUCGCAGUUAAUCCGACAGACCCACUUCCUCUACAUAUCAAGGUCACUCAUACCAACGAGCAUUCUCACCUUGAUAGAGUGAAACGGCAGCAUGGCGGUAUAGGGAGCUCGGCAUAUGACCCUUCGCAGAAAGACAUCCGUGCCUACUUUGGCGGAGCUACCAUCACCCCGAAUGACGUGAAGGACAGUGGGACUAGUGCACCACCACGGUCACCUGUUGAAGUUGAAGAGGGGAGAGCAGUAAGCAACGUCUUUGACGAGGUGGAAGUAUCGCAGGAAAGCAGUGAUAAGUCGUAG